AUUGACUAGUUGGGCGCCUCUCACAAUUUUUUUUCUUACACACCCUGCAAAUCCCAACUACCCCUUUUCGCUCUCUCUCCGCUCGAUGAUAUCUCAUCACGCAUAGACUCAAACCGGAAAUUCACAUCACACUGCUGGCACCGGAGCUCACAAAUAUGCACUUUGUAAAUGCGGCGGCGCUGCUGUCGAUAGCGUUGAAGAACGGCGGUGGGAUGUUAGGAUCGGAGAUAGAGUUCGGCACCGUCUGGUGGUACGUAUACGCGGGAAUAUCUUGCAUCUUGGUGAUGUUCGCCGGGGUAAUGUCGGGCCUCACGCUGGGCCUCAUGUCGCUCGGCCUCGUCGAGCUCGAGAUCCUCCAGCGCAGCGGCACCCCCGCCGAGAAGAAACAGUCUGCUGCGAUAUUUCCUGUGGUUCAGAAGCAGCAUCAGCUUCUUGUGACAUUGCUUUUAUGUAAUGCUGCUGCAAUGGAGGCACUUCCUCUAUACCUAGAUAAGAUCUUCAAUCAGUAUGUUGCCAUUAUACUGUCAGUUACAUUUGUCUUAUUUUUCGGAGAGGUCAUCCCUCAAGCAAUAUGCACUAGAUAUGGUCUCGCCGUGGGUGCUAACUGUGUGUGGCUUGUUCGUUUUCUGAUGAUCGUUUGCUACCCGAUUGCUUACCCAAUCGGCAAGGUUCUGGAUUGGGUUCUAGGACACAAUGAUGCACUGUUUAGACGGGCUCAGCUGAAAGCUCUCGUUUCUAUUCACAGCCAGGAGGCCGGAAAAGGCGGUGAAUUAACGCAUGAUGAGACAACAAUCAUUAGUGGAGCGCUAGAUUUGACAGAGAAGACUGCCGAGGAGGCGAUGACGCCAAUUGAGUCAACAUUUUCGCUGGAUGUUAACUCGAAGCUUGACUGGGAAGCAAUUGGUAAGGUUCUGGCUCGUGGUCAUAGCCGUGUCCCUGUGUAUUCUGGAAAUCCAAGGAACAUUAUCGGACUUUUACUGGUAAAAAGCCUUCUCACCGUGAGAGCAGAAACAGAGACCCCUGUCAGUGCUGUAUCAAUUCGAAGAAUUCCUCGUGUUCCUGCAGAUAUGCCCCUUUACGACAUACUCAACGAGUUUCAAAAGGGUAGCAGCCAUAUGGCAGCUGUUGUGAGGCCAAAAGGAGAAAGCAAAAGACCUCCGUCGAUUUUGGAGAAGUCUGAGGGGAAUGAACCCACAAACGGAGAUUCAGAUAUAACCACCCCAUUGCUAACAAAGAAAGAAGAUAUUUCAAAUACUGUUGUCGUUGACAUUGACAAGGUUUCAAAGCCGGCAUCCAAAGCUAACCUCGCGUAUAAUGAAGCAGUUCUGCAAGGGUUGGUUGCUCCGGAUGAGUCUGAAGAUGGUGAGGUCAUCGGCAUCAUCACCUUAGAAGAUGUUUUCGAAGAACUUCUACAGGAGGAGAUUGUCGAUGAGACGGAUGAGUACGUUGAUGUCCAUAAAAGGAUACGCGUGGCAGCAGCUGCAGCUGCUUCAUCAGUAGCACGAGCCCCUUCAAUCAGGAGGUUAACGGCCCAAAAAGGAGCUGGACCCAAGCAAGGGCUGACCCCGAAAAAAGGAGGGGACGAUGACACCACUUCCGCGAAGGUGCUGAGCAGCGUUGGUGAGCCGAAGAGAUGAUAAGACGCGGUAAAUUUUGCAAUGUGAUUUUGGGCAAGAGAUGAAACUCCAUAUCCUGUGCAGUAGUGUUAAUUCUUUAUAUGUAUGGCCCUAAAUUUUGCAAUGUGGAAUAAGAAAUCUAUGUUGCCUUACCUUUAUCUGUUGAGAUUCUUGCAUUUAUGCUUAUAUAUUACUAACUCGAGACAAGCAUAUAUGAUAUGUUUUGUUUAUAUA